CAAACCCGAGUGUGUGAGCACACACACACACACACACACGCUUCCUCGGCUGCACCUCUGGUGCAAACAUAAUGGAAAUGUCCGGCACAUCCAAGCCUGUGAGGUCUUUCCUCAUCGAGGACAUCUUGUCCAGUAAAGCUGGAGCACCACUGGAUGGGAAAUGCUGCUCGCCAAAGAUAGACAGAUGUUCUCAGAGGACGGAGGAGUCUGGGAAGUGGUCAGAACAACCUCGUCGUCGGGAGUCAGUGUUUGGAAUGCAGACAGAGUCCCACGCAUCCUGUCCCAACUCCUCAGAGUCAGGCUUUUCCUCUGUGGGAAAACAAAAGCGCUCAAGAGCUGCCUUCACACACUUCCAGGUGCUGGAGCUGGAGAAGAAAUUUAACCACCAGAAGUACCUGUCGGCCCCGGAGAGGGCUCACCUGGCCAGUGCCUUGAGACUGACUGAGACCCAGGUAAAAAUCUGGUUCCAGAACCGGCGGUACAAAACGAAACGAAGGCAGCAGACAUCAGAGAACUGUAAGGAUGCGUAUGGCGCAGAUGGACCAGGCUUAAGGGAGGACUUGAUCAGAUCUUCGUUAAUAAGCUCCUUCUGUAAAGCGUAUCAGUGCAGACCCUACCUGUGGGACUACAGCGGCGCCUGGGGUCCCAUGUUAUGGUGAAAAUGAGCAACGGUUUCUAUGAAUCAAAAGACUAAAACUGUUCAGAUUCGUUUCUAUUCAUUACAUUUGAAUUCAGUUCAUGUUUAUGUGCUGAACGUCUGCAGACUGUUACCAUAAAGGUUCAAACAUGCAGUGUGUGGUUUGUGCAUUGUUGUUUAAUUCACUAAUAAAUUAUUGUUCAUACAA